CUCGAUAGUGCAUUUCCUUCACACAAUGUCGCCUCUUUCUAACCCACUCCCAUUCACUGCGCCAUUUUCACUGCGCCUGGCCUCCUUCUGCCAGCCUGCUGCCUUUCCCUUCUUUCGUUAAUACUGCACCUUCGUUUGCCUUCCAAUAAACACCUCCUCUUGGACCUUGGACCAUUGCCAUUGCAAUUGCCAUUGCCAUUCUUACCCUCCUUUGACCACCAUAAUGCGCUUCAACACCUUCACUUCCCUGGCCACCCUGGCCGCACUUGCCGCCGCGCAAGCCCCAAGCAUUAAGCAAUACACCACAUCACAACUCUCCAGCGGUGCCGCCUGGAGGAACAUUUCAGACAUCGCUCAUGAGACUAUGCGCUCCAAUGUUGGCUCUCGACAAAAUGCGGCAUGCACAUACGACAAUGCCAAUGUGAGAAAAGAGUGGCGUACUCUGUCACGCGAAACUCGAAAGAGCUUCACAGACGCUGUCAUCUGUUUGCAAGAAAUGAAGCCGCAGGUCAUGACUUCCGCUCAAGCUGCCGACUAUCCAGGAGUCAAGUCUCGUUUCGACGAAUACGUUGCCACGCAUAUCAACUAUACCUUGAACAUCCAUGACACCGCCGACUUCUUUGCAUGGCAUCGUACUUUCAUUCACUAUCUGGAGCAGGACCUGAAGAAGCUGUGUGGCUAUACUGGAACCCUCCCAUACUGGAAUUGGGCAGAAGACUUUGAUGCCCCUCAGGAUAGCCCUCUCUUCUCGGGUGAUGAGUAUAGCAUGGGAAGCAACGGAAAAUUUGUGGCUGGUCGUGCCGAUACAUGGCUUGCUGCCCAGGAUAUCACAUACCCUCCGGGAACUGGCGGAGGCUGUGUGCAGAAGGGACCGUUUAGCAAGUAUGUUGUCAACCUCGGACCCCUCGACUUGCCCAACACCAGCAAUGUCAACUCUUCAUUCGAGCACAAUCCACGCUGCCUCGAGCGUGAUAUCAACCCGUGGUUCUCGAGGCGCUACAACACCUAUCAGAAUGUGACCGAGCUUGUCCUGAACCAGAUCUACGUCGAAGAUUUCCAGUGGCUCGCGCAAGGCUACAACAGCGAUACAAACAAGUUUGGUGUCCACGGUGGCGGUCACUGGCAGACUGGUGGUUCCAUGAUGGACUUCCACUCUUCUCCCGCUGAUCCCCUUUUCUAUUUACAUCACGGCAUGGUGGACAACGUUUGGACUGUAUGGCAAAACCUUGACAUCUACCGCCGACAGAACGUAAUCUCAGGAACUGCCACGCUCGGUUGCGAUGUCCCCGACUGUCCAGCGAUGACACUCGACGACAGGCUUCCAUUUGGCUUCGUUGCUGCCGAUCCAGUCUUCAAAGACGUCAUGGACACCUUCAGUGGACCUUUCUGCUACCGAUACGAAUAGUAUUGUUGACCGUACAGGACGCGUCAUACCACAUGGAGCAUGGUUGUUGUAGAUGCGACUGGAGUAAUGAACUUUACGACUCGAUCUUGAACGGCCGAAUAGAUUUGGAUUAGAUUUGCAAGCAAGUUUUGUAACCGACAGGAAAUUUUGCUGAACCAGCGGCAAUCGAUGGAUGGAAUUUGGCUGCAGCUGCAUGGAAAGGUUCUGUAAGUUAGUGAACUGCAAUGCAAGUAGGAGGACUAGGCACGAUGUGUCGUAAUGUAAUGCACAAAAGAGCUUCGAGUUCAUGUGUCCAGCCUACAUUCCACUUCUAUAUCGAGGUAGAGAUGGCGAAGGUAGCAGAAACUUGUCGUAAAUUCCUCUACCUUCGCCAUCUCUGCCUCCGAGGCUGCUCGACACCAGCGUUAACAUGUCAUUCCAUACUCUCUGCACAAACAUUGCCAAAGCAAUGUGAUCGAUCAAUCAAGCAUACACGUCGCGAUAAAUCCGUCCUCCUUCCACCCCGUUAUAUGAUGAUAUUCGCUAGAUCAAUGUCUCUCGUCGCGAUAGUGAUACAUCUUUCAGCCAAGCUUUCACUUUGCUAUCGGCAGACCUAGAUCUCGCUUUUCUAGACUGGUCUGAAGAUGCGUCCGUGUAGCUUGCCGAUUUCGACUUUUCCGUACGACUUCGAUUCUCUGCUGUGUUUGUUGUCUUCUUCGGUUCAUGAUGCACAGAGACUGGUCUUUGAGUUGUGUGAUUAUUGAGAGAGCGGGUAGGAUGGUGGAAGUAAGCUUGCUCAGGAGAGCAGUCCGUGAAAUCGGCUACUGAGCCAGGGAGUACAGGCUGAUUUGAUGGAUGGUCAGAUGUGAUGCAGCAGAAGUUGUCGUCACGAGGAUGGAUAAGAUGUCGCGUCUCGGCAUCCCAAUUUCUGCCGAAUUUGCGGGUGAAUUUGUAGAGUGGAUUGCCAGGCAUAGCAGUAAUGGCUUGUAGCAUCGAGUUGAUGCGUCUUUGAGGUUCUGUCUUGACCCAUAUGUUUUAUAGCGUUGGGACUAUUUGCGUCGAAGUCGUGAAUGCAGAGGUCAAAAAAGCUCUUCCGUCACUCGACGCCCGAACCAAGUGGCAAGCUC